GUCCCGGUCCCACAGAGAGCCCCAGUGUGCUGGCCAGCCGGCCCUCCCAGAACGCCAUGGACAGUCCCGCCCGCCCGCGGGGAGUACCCCGGCACCCCCCUGACGGAGGCCCCGCUUCCUGGGGCCCCGACCCUCCUUAGCGACUCCAGAUCCCCGGCAUCAAUGGUGCCUCCGGUAUCCUCACCAGCUGGCCUGCGCAGAGGGCUGUUCCUGACCGCCAUGGAGCGCUCCUUUCAGCCCUGGGUCCCGCUGCUGGGCCGCCUGCAGAGAACCAUGAUGGAGGGCGAGUACCUCCCCCUGGGGCCGCUGCUGCCGAUGUUUGAGAGCGACUUCCUGCAGGUGACCAGCCGGGGGGAGCCGAUUUUUCUGCACAACAAGGAGAACCCUGUGACGAUGGGGGUGGCGUCCUCCCUUCCCGGGCGCCUGCUCCCGGACCUCAUCCUGCUCGCCCGGCCGGUCGGGGACCAGAAGCAGCGGGGCCUGGAGCUCACCAGGCGGAGCCCCUCCCCGACCUGUGGUCCCUGCAGGCUGCUGCCCAUGAGCUUGGCCCGUUUGUCCGUCCACCACGUGGACAGCCGCAGGCUGAAGCUCCGCCUGGCCUCAGGCCGCAGCUUUUACCUGCAGCUGGACGCAGGCCCGAGGGAGGGCUGCUUCCUCUUCAACCGCUGGAGGUACUUGGUCUAUCUGCUGCGCAGGCCCGGGCCCGCCUGGGGCCCCCGGGCCCACAAGGACCAAGCCCUCGGCUCGCUGAACCCGGAGUGCAAGCUCAAGAACAAGACCAAGAUGUCCCAAGCUGGUGAGAAAAUCCUAUAUCUCUCCUUUGCCCCUCCACGGCUCCCCACUUGACCGUCUCUGCAUGAUUGUCUCUG